AGGCUGACGUGCGUUGCUUACCGCGCCGACGGCAAUGGCGGGAAGCGAGGCUGGCAGCCGAGGCAGUUCUCCUCAGCCGCAUCACAGCGACUGGGGUCGCCUGGAGGCUGCCAUCCUCAGCGGCUGGAGGAGCUUCUGGCAGUCGGUGGGGAAGGAGAGGGCGGCUCCAAGGGCCUCUCCGGAGGAGGCGGACGAGGAGGGCAAUCCGUUGUCGCGGCUGCCGAUUGAUGUACAGCUAUAUAUUUUGUCAUUUCUUUCACCUCAUGAUUUAUGUCAGCUGGGAAGUACAAGUCACUAUUGGAAUGAAACUGUACGAGAUCCAAUUCUGUGGAGAUAUUUUCUGUUGAGGGAUCUUCCUUCUUGGUCUUCUGUUGACUGGAAGUCUCUUCCAGAUCUAGAAAUCUUAAAAAAGCCUAUAUUUGAGGUCACUGCUGGUUCAUUUUUUGACUACAUGGCAGUCUAUAAAAUGUGCUGUCCAUAUACAAGAAGAGCCUCAAAAUCUAGUCGUCCUAUGUAUGGAGCAGUCACCUCAUUUUUGCAUUCAUUGAUCAUUCAGAAUGAACCACGAUUUGCUAUGUUUGGACCAGGUUUGGAAGAACUAAAUACAUCUUUGGUGUUGAGCUUGAUGUCAUCCGAGGAACUUUGCCCAACAGCUGGUUUGCCUCAGAGGCAGAUUGAUGGUAUUGGAUCAGGAGUCAGUUUUCAGUUGCACAACCAGCAUAAAUUCAACAUCCUGAUAUUAUAUUCAACUACAAGAAAGGAAAGAGAUAGAGCUAGAGAAGAGCAUACAAGUGCGGUUAACAAGAUGUUCAGUCUACAGAAUGAAGGGGAUGAUCAACAAGGAAGCCGGUACAGUGUAAUUCCACAAAUUCAGAAGGUGUGUGAAGUUGUUGAUGGGUUCAUCUAUGUUGCUAAUGCUGAAGCUCAUAAAAGACACGAGUGGCAAGAUGAAUUUUCUCGCAUUAUGGCAAUGACAGAUCCAGCUUUUGGAUCUUCAGGAAGACCAAUGCUGGUUUUAUCUUGUAUUUCUCAAGCUAAUGUAAAAAGAAUGCCCUGUUUUUAUUUGGCCCAUGAGCUGCAUCUGAAUCAUCUAAACCACCCAUGGAUGGUUCAAGAUACAGAGGCUGAAACUCUGACUGGUUUUUCGAAUGGCAUUCAAUGGAUUCUUGAAGAAGUAGAAUCUAAGCAUGCAAGAUGAUCCUCCUUUUAGACCUUGAGAACUGAAAGCAUUUGAAACUGGCUACUAAAGUCAUGAUGUGGAUGUUUGCUCAGUCAGCUUUCUGCCCUGCCUUUUUGCAGGUAGGCUUUCUACUGGAUAGCUGUAGCUGCUGUGUUUUUUUUUUUUUUUUAAUAUAUAUUUUUUACUUUUUACUUGAAAUCAAUUACAAGAAACAAGUUUCAUUGCUAGUAUUUAGCCCCAAGAUGAACCUUUUAAGAUUUUUUGAUAACUUUUAUAUUUUAAGUAUUAAAUUCUGAAAAAAAAGUUUGUGCCUCUUUCAUUCUUUGUGACUUCUGUGCUUUUCAGUUUAAAGAUUUGCCCUAGUGAGGGAUAAGAAAUUUGCUAAGUUUUCAAUAGAUUCUUUUCAAGGAUCCUUAACUGGUUAUCAGAAAAUGAGUUUUUAUCUAUUUUUAAUAAAAAUACUGCUUAAAGGCUGGAAUGUUCACUGGAAUUUCGCUUACUGUUAUGGCCAUACAACUUCUGUUUCUUUUCUGAAACAGUAGGAAUUAACUUUAUAUAUCAUAUUCAGUACUAAUUUGGUGAAAAUAAAUGAAAGAUCUUGCUAUUUUAAAAUAACUUUGAAAGCUUGUGAAGUACUAAAGCCAAAUUUUAUUCCUUAUUCAUAGAGAAAACAUUCCAGAAACUCAUAUAAUCAUAUGACCUCCUGCUCACUGAUUACUUGCACUUUGCACAGGAAAUGUUAUAGCCCUCCUAUGUCAUUGAAAUUGAGGAGUUUUAAAAUUACAAUAAAAGGUGUAGUCUUCUUAGUGGUGCUGUUGCACCCAAGGUAUAGCCUCCCUCCUGCCAGUGGGUGCUGUUCCAAAGCAAGAGCUCCCACUUCUUGAGUCCACUUAUCCUGCACUUAGUUUCAGUAAUUUGUAGUUGGGGGCAGAAUGAGAAAUGUGGACCUCCUGCUCCUCCUCAGACGACAGCCCUCUGGUUUGGAGAGAGUGCUGUUUCCUUGGCUGCCCCAGUCUAGAAUGGAGAUAUCUUUCUGAGCUUUCUUCUGAGCUGGAGAAGGGAAGGAGGGAGUGGGUCUUGGUUCAAAUACCACAGACUCUUGUUGUUUUUACUGAAUUUCAGUAUUUGAAAAAAAAAAUAUAUAUAUACACACAUAUACAUAUACACACACACACAUAUAUAUAUUUGAAUAAAUAUUUCUUCAUUUGCUGUAUGCUCGUAGGAGCAUUUACAGAGAUAUUAAGGAUUCUUUAAAAUUAAUUUUCUCUAGUUUCUCUAGGGAGCUAUUACAUGGAACUCUUUAUACUGUUAUGCCAAAAGUAGAUCCCCCUCUUUUUUAUUAAAUCACUGUAAUUGUGUUGCCUCAUUCAUUCCUGAUGUUGGUAAUUUGUGUCUUUUUUCUUCACGAUCAGCCUAGCUAGAGUUUUAUUGAUUUUAUUGUUAUUCUUUAAGGAUCAGCUUUUGGUUUUAUUGACUUGUUCUAUAUUUUAUGGCCAUAUGCUCUAAUCACAAUUUUUCUGCUUUUUAAAUUAAAAAAAAUAUAAAGCUAUAGAUUUCCCCCCAAGCCCUUUUUAGCUGCAUUCACAUGUUUUGUUGUAUGGUAUAUUUAUUGUCAUUCAGUUAAAUUAUUUUCUAAUCCUUUGUGAUUACUUUUUCAAUACAGUGAUUAUUUAGUGGUAUUGUUUUAGUGUUAUUUAAUCUCUAUUUCCUAGAUACUUUGUUAUUGAUAUCUAAUUCAGUUCUAAUUUUAUCAGAGAGCAAACUCUGUAAAAGUUCAGUCUUUUGCGACUUGCUUUAUGGUCCAGCUUAUGGUCUCUUCUGGUGAAUGUACCACAUACACUUGAAAAGAGUUCAAAUAUAUUUUAUAGUUUUUUGGUGUAAUAUUUGGUAUCUAUCUAUUAGGUCAAGGUAGUUGAUAAUGUUCAGAUAUUCUAUAUGGCUAUAAUGAUUUUUGUAUACUUGUUUUAUCUGUUACUAAUAGGCAUUAAAAUCUUCAACUGUGGUUGCCUACUUUUCCUUUUAAUUCCAUCAGUUUUUGCUCCAUGUAUUUUGAUGCUGUUUUUUUGCUGCCCACACAUAUAUGAAUGUUUAUUUUCUUGAUGAAUUGACCCUUUUAUCAUUAUAAAAUGUCCUUUUUGCUCUUAAUACCCAUUGUUUUGAAAUCCAUUUUCUAAUGUAACUACUUUAACUUAAAAAAAAUAUCGUUCUCAUGGUAUAUCUUUUCCAUCCAUUUAUAUACAACCUAAAUCUGUCUUAAAAUGUAAAGUGAAUCUCCUAUAGAUAAAAUAUAGUAAAUCUUACCUUUUCUAUUUCCAUUCUGGCAAUUCCUACAUUUCAUUUAGAAUGUUUAGAUAAUUUACAUUGAAUAAGGUUAUUGAUAUGAUUGGAGUCAGAUCUACCAUUUUAUUAUUUGCUUUUUUAUUUACCCCUUCUUCACCAAUACUGUUUCCCUGUUCCUUCUGUUCUACUUUGAAUUAUUUUAGUUUCUUUUAGAAAUUGAUUAAAAUUUUUCUAUUACCUUUUAAGCAUAUCUCUUUGCAGUUUUUAGAGGUUGCUUUAGUAAUUGUAACAUAUAUACUUUUCAGUUUUCUUAUAGUUAAUAUUGUACCAAUAUGUGUAAUAUGUAGAAAUGUAACUGUGUUGGACCUAUUUUUCUCACCACUCUUUUUUGCUAACAGCUGUUGAAUGUAUUACCCUUACAUAUAAGCCCCAGAAGAUAGUAUUUUUGAUGACAUAGUCAUAUGUAUUGUAUGUAUUAUAAAGAAAUUAAAAGAAAACAGUUUUAA